AUGCUUAUCACAAGUUCACUCCGUAUAUAUAUAUAUAUACUUUUCCCUUUGCUUAUCUCUUUCUUUAUAUUAACUCUUUGCGCUUCCCUUCUGGAUGCGUCCGUUGUUGAAAUGUUACAAGGUGAUGGAUUGCGUGAGUUAGUCUUAUAUUUCUUUUUCUUUAGUUUAAUUUACUUUACUCUUUCUACUCUAGGGCUAAAUAAACCAAGAAAAAAGGUUAAGAAAAACGGAGCGUAUGAAUGGUGCCACAUAAAUGCAAGAGUACAGCGUUCAGGAUCAUGUACGCUUACAUGUGUAGAGUCAAAUAAAACUUCCAUCAAAACAAGUAAAUACGCUGAUGAGCGUUCGAUAUUGUUGGACGAAUACUGUUUUUCUGCCGAUCAGAUUCCAACUCAAUUCCCGCUUCCCUGCUUUUUUUUCCAUUUUUGA